GUCUACCCGCAGAGAUCCGUUUUUCUCCCAAUAAUUUAUUUUCAACGCACAGUCUGUCGUGUAACAACACUGAGGACUCAAUUGUCGAAAUAAUUACUAUAAUUUACAGUAGAAUGUAAUUAUUUUAUUUAUGCAAACGACGAAGAAUCUUAGGCCUACCCUAAUGCAAUUAGUUUUCCUUUAAUUUUACGUACCUGCGAAUCAUGUGACACUGAAUUCAGACACGAUUAUUUGCUCACAAAACAUUAUUAUCAAUAUUUUACUGACGAGAAACAACGAUUUAUAAUUUUGUCCUGCUUUUUGAGACUGCAGGACCAGCAGUAAUGCUGGCAGUCGCAUCGGCGAUUGACAGUAACUCGUCUUAUCUCCUCAGGGUUAUCGGGUCAAUUUUUUUUUCACACUCCAGUUGUGCUGUAUGUUAGGAAUACAUCAGCCGCGUUAUUUUUCUGAAGUAAUAUCUUGUUUCCGUCAUGGUCGUUGUCUAGAAGACGGAAAAAUCCGCUUAUUUAUGUAAUUAGUCAUUGUUAAUUGAAAAGAGUGAAGUUUGGAUUGUCUUAUCUUUAUUGCCUUCAAUUUGAGGAAUCGAAAUUUAAUAUUCUUCUUGUGGAAGUUGAAUGUAGAAGUGGAAUGAUUCCACGAUACGAUGUUGGAAGUGCAGUUUCUCUCCAGAGAGUGCCUCUGCAAGCACCUCCUCGGAGAAAACCGAAAAUAAUCCCCACAGCUAAGAAAUCUGGAACAGGUAAUUCCACCGAUAUAUCGGACAUCCAGAGCCCCAACUCCACUAUCACCAGUGUCAACAGCAUCAGCAGCCUCUUGAAGGAGAAAUUGCAGUUUACGUUACCGCAGGCACUGCGAAGGACUAAAAGACGACAGACUGCAGACUACAGAAUCCGAGCUUUUGUCGGGGUUCUUUUCCUCUGCGUGGUGCUUUUAGUAGCUUUUGCACAUUUUUAUUACACUCAGUAUGUGCUGCAACGAGCGUACUUUGAAAAAUUCAGGUUCAAUAAGAACGAGCGUCUCCUCCACAUCUACAGCAACAUCGGUUCGGAGAUCGUGUCAGCACGUCUGGGGUAUGGAAUUCCCAUGGACACCGGUGUCUUCCCCUGCCUGGAGGAGCACCAAAGGUUCUCCUCAGUCUGCCUUGAGUGGCUCCACUACUCUCGCCUGUACCUCUCCCACAUAAACCUGAAUGGCAUGCACUGCUACACGAUAACCUGGCAGUCCCUGAGCUCCACCUUCAACCCUCAGGACUGCUUCGACUGGUCUCCAAAGCGGAGCCACUGGUACGGUGGAGGUCAGCUCCAGAGUCUGGCGUAUCCUCUGGAGCAGGGGCGCCUGGAGAUGAGUCCGUUCAUCACCGGUGAUAUUCAGAAACACCCCUUUGGAAACGUUUUAAAGCGAUACUUCCUCAACUCCAAGGGCGGUACCAUCAUCGUGGACCCCCAGUCGCCGCUCUACAUCUCCAUAAAUGCCAACAGAACACGAGAAUUUUGCCUCCAGGCAAGACACGAUGAUUUCGCUUACAUAAAUCACCUGACUCGUCUCCCCCAGCUGAACUACACGAUCUGCGCCACUGACAACAUGAAGAAUCUCCACUCUUCGAUGGCGGACAAGUCCCUGUGGGAUGGACUCAAGCCAGCAGAAGCUGGGGUUGUGGAUGCUCUGCUGUCCGAGCCCGUCUGGCAGAUCUCCCCGACGAAUGAAGCUGCCAUUUACAAUUAUACGGAGGAUAUCAUCCGUCUGGGGUUCUUGCGGCAGGGACACGUGUUGCUGGAUGCUGAAUGGCAGAAGAGUCCUGGUGAUGUCACCCAGGAUGACGAAAGGUUUCCGUCCAUGGAGGAGACAAUCAACAUCAUCCGGAGGAGAGGAUUCAGAAUUGUUUUUACUAUUCAACCUUUUAUUUCUACGGAGUCGAUUAAUUUUAAGGAGGCCGUCGACAAUCGACUGCUCAUCUCCGAGAGGGGGAGUGAUCCACGGAUACCAGCAUUGACCAGAUAUGGGCGCAGCAACAGCGCAGGUGUCCUCGAUGUCACCAACAAUCGAUCAAUCCCCUGGCUCCAAGGAAAGCUCCACAGUUUAACAAAGAAAUAUCAUGUGGAAGCUUUCUACCUCGAUUUGGGAACAGCCCACGACAUGCCCCACUACUACAAAUGCGAGGAACCGCUGACCAAUCCUGAUCACUACAAAACCCUCUUCACCAACGCUGUCACUGGGACGAUUCCGGUUUUGGGUGUGUCAAGCGCCAUUUCCCGUCCGAAAGCUCCAAUCUUCGUGUCCCUGCCACCCUUCCCGUCUUCCUGGAAGGCUAUCAAGAACGUCAUCCCCACGAUCUUGAAUUACGGAAUCAUUGGGUUCCCCUUUAUCAUGCCAGGGGCGGUGGGAGGGGACGUGGACCUCCCCAAGUCUGAUAACAACCCGAACAACGAUUUCGCAGUCAGUCUUCCUGAUAAGGAGCUUUAUAUCAGGUGGCUCCAGCUCUCGACUUUUUUACCUGUCAUCAGGUUCACUCAUCUGCCUAGUAAAUACUCUGAUGAGCCACUCUUGGAGAUGGCCAAGGCCCUGACCACUUUGAGGCAGAAGAUCGUUACUCCUCUGUUGAAAAAAAUCGUUAACGAGACGUUGGAAUCGGGGGUGCCGAUCAUUCGGCCUCUCUGGAUGUUGGAUCCAGUGGAUCCAGCUUGUCAACUUGUUAUGGAUGAAUUUUCUGUUGGCGAGGAGCUCAUUGUUGCUCCAAUCCUCUACUCGGGGAGUCGACAGAGGGAGGUGUACCUCCCUGCUGGCAUCUGGAGGGAUGGGAUCGAUGGAAGUCUCAGGAAAGGCUCCAGGUGGAUUCAUAAUUACCGAGUUGCUGAAGAUAAAGUCGCUUAUUUUGUUAAAGUACCCGAUAACACGAGAUUCUGAGAGAACAAUGUGGACUGAUACUUUUGAUAUUUCACAGAAAAUACUCGUCUGACUUUCAAAAUCUUUGUAGACAUUUUAGGUAAAUGAUAUCGUUGUCAAAAUGAUGUUUGAAAGUAGACAGACAAAAUACAAAAAUAGUUCAGGUGGAUUAUGACAUUCAGACAAGCGUCUUAACUGCGCAAUAAAUUCUCAUUCAGAAAUCACUCGA